CACAGCUUCCUUCAGGGUAAGGCAAGGCAGUGUGGAAAAUAAGCUGUCUCUGUGUCUGCCAGAGCCAGAAACUGCUUAUCUUAGCUGAAAAUGGAAGCAAUGAAGCAGUGGGAGGAGACAGAGGAAGUGGGUGAGGCUUUGAGAGGAAGGCUGCCUCACCACCAGCAAAGCAACACAAUCUCCACCACUGUCUCUAGUGAUUUUGUAUUUUCCUCAGAGACUUCUAGUGAAGCUGAGGAGGGUGAAGAAGUCGAGGAAAGGCCAAGAAAUGGCACUUUUAUCUCUGGCAAAAAUGGAGGUACUGAAUCUCCAUAUGGGAUCUCUGGAUUCAAUGGUGAAAAUGUUGAUUUUUUUACUUCCAAGAAAAAUCCUGGAGAUAAAACAGUGGAAGUAAAAGAAGAGAGCCUCAGCCUAAGCUAUCAAAAGAGUGUUGUUGUUAGUGUUACCAACCAGCAAGAUGUGGAUGAUAUGAAGGGUGAAGAAUUACCUAGUUUUGAUUCUUCACCCUCCAAGCAGGCAAUUGAGCAAAAUGGGCAUUAUACUUCUGUCAACAAUGGGACGACUGAACGUGGGGGAGUUAACUUGAGAGAAAUAAGAGAACAAGAAGUUUCUGAGUUAUAUCUUGAAAGGGUGUAUGAGAAGCCGGCUGCGCAUGAUUUCUACUGUCCUAAUUGCAAUUCUUGCAUCACAAAGGUUAUUAUUCGCGGUAGAGAAUGGGAAAAUGUACCUCCUACUGCACCACCUCCUGUGAUAGAUGAUCCGAUUAGAUGCACUUCGUGCUUUAGUUUCCUCAUUCCUGCAGGCAGUUGGUUCUCUCCUAAAUCGGUACCUAAAGAAGAGGGAAACCUUAAUGAGCAAGGAACUGAUAUUGAAAACAGUGUUGAAGGUGGAGUGUCAGCUCCAUCACAUGACCUGGAUGGAGCACUACAAGAUCAAAAUAGUAAAACUACAUCAGUAAGUAAAGGUCCAGUGCCUAAUGAGGCUGUUGGAGCUAGUGUAGCUGCAACAGCUAAGCCCUCAGGAAAUAAUCUACAGGGUAGUGUUGGAUUUGAAGUUCCAGUUCCAUCACAUGACUUGAAUGGAGCUACUCAGUCAGUUGGAGUUAGUAAAGCUACAACAAUAGAUAAAGCUCCAGUUCCUGGUGAGGCUGUUGAAGUUAGUUUUGGAGUCAGUGCAAAGGAUAAACUUUCUGUAACUUAUUCUGAGAGCAGUACUGCUGGAGUUGAAGCGUCAAUUCCAUCACAUGACUUGAAGGGAACAGUACAUAAUCUAAAACCUUCAGUGCUUGGUCAGUCAAUUGGAGUUAGUGUAGUUGUAACCACCAAGCCCCCAGCACCUGAAAUAGAUGCUGUACCCAGUUCAGAAGAUGCCCAACAACUUAUAGAAAAUGAUGGAGGGCUAGCUAAAACAGAAAUUCAUGAUAGUACUAUAGUCACCAUUGUGCCAGAACCAACAAUUAUAACUGAACCAGCUGAUACUAAAACUUUUGAAAUCAUCAAAAGCAUUGUAUAUGGUGGUUUAACUGAAGCAAUUACAAGCUUAGGCAUCGUGACAUCUGCAGCCAGUGCUGAUACUGCAACAUUGAACAUUCUAGCUUUGGCAUUGGCAAACUUGAUCGGUGGACUUUUCAUCAUUGGUCAUAACCUUUGGGAACUGAAGAAUGAUGAAUCAAGAGUGCCCUCCAGUCAGACAGAUGAACAUGUGGAUAGAUACCAGAAAGUACUAGGGAAAAAAGACAAUUUCCUUCUUCAUGCCUCUGUUGCUAUAUUAUCAUUCAUUGUUUUCGGGUUAGUGCCUCCUGUGGUUUACAGCUUCUCAUUCCGUCAGAGCAACAACAGGGACCUAAAGAUGGCAGCAGUUGCAGUGGCUUCUCUUUUAUGCAUCAUAAUUCUUGCAAUUGGAAAGGCUUACACCCAGAAGCCACCAAAAUACAUCAAAAGUUUACUGUACUAUGUUGCCAUUGGGAUCGGGGUCGGAGGUGUUUCUUACUUAGCAGGUGACCUGAUUGACAAACUCAUAGAGAAGCUUGGCUGGUUCUCCUCAAAUGUAUCUGGCACGCUGCCUCUUCCUCAGAUGGCUAUAGUGAAGCCUACAUUGGAGUCCUACUGAUAUAAUUCGAUCUCAAAAUGAAAAUUUUGUAGUUUUUCUUUGGAGCUAUGUCCUAGUCCGGCAUCAACUAUCAUUGGCAAAUCACUUUGUCGUCAAAAAUAAAGUGCUGGAGUUUAUCUUUUUUAGCUCAGCUGUUUAGCAAUAUUGCGUAGCUUGGCAGUGCUGCUAUCUGCUACUAAAUGCUAGUGUUAGGAGAUCAGAACAGGCUCAUGGUAGUUUUUGAGAAUAAUGCCGUAGUGCAGCAUAGACGUCUUUUAACGUUGGACAGUAUCUUUUGAGUUACAUGUGCAAUGAGAAGCAUCUGUAGUCUCUAGUUUUGCUCCUCUAUUGUUUGUCCAGGCUUGUCUCUGAAUAACAAUCAUCUUUCAUGUCCUCGUCUGAACAUGACCGGCCAAAA